AUGCAGUCACUAGAAAACAUGCUGAUAAACAACGACCUUAUUUACGAGACACGGGAGGAACCCGGAACAGAGAUCGUAACAGAGAUCUUCUUUCUUCAUCGGUACUCGAGAGACAUGUGGCAUGCAUUCCCCCACGUCAUGCUGAUCGAUGCGACGUACAAGACAAACAUAUACAAUAUGCCAUUUAUCCAGAUUGUUGGUAUGACGCCUACCAACAAAUUGUUUAUUAUCGCGCAUGCCGUUGUUAGUAAAGAACGAGGUGAUAACUUUGUGUGGGUGCUUGAGAGGGUCAAGUCAAUGUUCGAUGAAUGUAUGGAGCCACGUGUGAUUUUAACGGAUAGAGACCUAGCCCUUAUGGGCGCGUGUGCCAAAGUAUUUCCAGACGCCUCCAGGCUUCUUUGCAGGUGGCACAUACAACAGAAUGUUAUGAAGCACUGUAAGGCUUCCUUCACAGACGAAGACUGGGAUAAAUUUUUGUCAUUCUGGGGGACAUUGAUUGAGUCUCCAUCCAUACCCAUCUACGAGUACCACUUGCGCAACAUGCAAAAGCGACUUGUGGAGUGCAAACGUUCUAGAGUCUUCAACUACGUGUACGAUAACUGGCUAAAAUACUAUAAGGAGAUGUUCGUCUUUUCGUGGACUGAUAAGAGGCGCAACUUUGGUAAUCGUACCAUAAACAGAGUUGAGAGCCAACAUGCCAACUUAAAGAGAUACGUCCUAGACAGGAGCUCGUUGGACCGUGUAGUUGGUUGUGUCCGGGAUAUAGUUGAGACACAGUUCGGUGAAAUAAGGAAGACUUUUCGAGAAAGCAUCGAAAAAAUAAUGAACCACCACAAACACCCGUUGUUUCAACACCUACUUGGAAAAGUAUCCCAUACAGACCUUGACUUGUUGAGUGGAGAGGCAAUUAGGAAGCUAGAUGUCUUGGAGCGCUUUCAUUCAUCAUGUGGUUGCCAAAUGUGGUACAGUUGCGGGUUGCCCUGUGCUUGUAGGAUUGAAAAGUACAUGAGUGAAGAGCGUCCGAUUCAACUAGAAGACAUAGACGUCUUCUGGCGGAAACUUAACUUCCAAAGUAGUAAAUUGAUAGACGAUGACAUUGACGUGGUCGAAGAGCUAAAUAUUGUUAGACAACAAUUAGAGUCGCACCCUCCAGCUCAGCAAAAAAGCCUGAUGUCAAAGAUUAAAGCGGUGUUGACUCCAAAGAAAUCUACUAAGAAACCACCGGUUGUCCAACAAAAUACUCGUGGCCGACCAACAAAAAGGCAUGUACAACAAAGGUUGGACGAGGCCUCUCGUAUAGAUGAAGAAUUGAGGAGAAGCUCCUUCGGUGAUGCCAACACGUGCUUUGAAGGUUCCCGACAAAGUAAGUACGAUAAACCUCGCCACAGCUCGUACGUUCCGUCACAGGCCUCUCAACAGUCGGUUAUAAGGUCCCAAAAACCCAAAGCGAGCCUAAGCCGCUCAAAGAGUUCUAAGAAGAAAGAGACACGAGAUGAUCACAGUUUUCCUUUAAUCAUUGGGGACGAGUACGUGGGAAUCAUCGAACAGUUGAAGUCUGCCAUUCCGCCAGUGUUUCAUCCGCACGUCUCGUGCAUACGAGAUGUGAUGCUAGAUGGUCAUUGUGGGUUUCGGUCUGUGGCUGUGGGCUUAGGUAUGGAUCAGAGUUCAUGGGGGCUCAUUCGAAGGGACCUUGUCCAAGAAGUGGACCAGAACAAAUCGAUAUGGUUCCCAAUAUUUGAAGCAUGGGAUGAAGGUUAUUUUUACACGCAUCGUCAGGGCCUAACAUAG